CCAUCCAUCAUCGGUAAUGUGAUAAACCGACAUAUCCACUCAAUCCGCGCCCACCUUCGAUUUUCCGUGCCCGACUCAUGGACUGGGACUCCUUCCUCCAUUCCUUGGCGGGCAAGCGGGUGGUCUUGUCGGGCUGUGGCGGCGGGAGCGAUGUCCUGGGCACUAGCGUGAUCUACGCGCGGAUCAAGGACACAGCCAAAGAGGUGAUUUUCUUCAGCCUCAGCUUCACCAGGGACGAGCUGCUGCAGCAGAGCUGCCGGCGGAUCAGUCGGAAGUGUUGGCUCGUGGAGCCCCACAAUGUGGCUCUCAGAGAUGAUCCGGAGGAGAAGGUCUACUUUCCCGAGGCGCGCAUGGCCAACGUCACCGGGCAGCCCAUUUACACGCUCUCGCAUUUUGCAUCCAUCCAGGAAUACACCGCAGCCUAUGAGGCGGCUCUCGGUUACUUUGGACGGCGUUUCUUUGGUGGGCACCUCGCUGAUGUGCUGAUCUUGUGUGAUGGUGGCUGCGACGUGCUGCUCACUGGGCGGGAGACAGGCUUGGCGACCCCUGUGGAGGACAUGGCUCACCUGAGAGCUGUUCAGCCGCUGGACAUCCCGAAGAAGUUCAUAUCGGCCCUGGGUGCCAACGUGGACUGUGCCCAUGGCGUGGUUCAGGAGGAAUUGGAUUCCCGCUUGGAACAGAUGCAGCGCUCGGGCACCAUGCUCUUGAGCCAGCCGAUUGACCUCGAUGAUCCGGCGGGCCAAUAUUUUGCCGAGCUAGUCUCGCGGUGCGUGCCCUCUUGCUCCAUUGUCCAAUCGCUGGUCUUGGCGGCGAUGGAAGGCCAUGUGGGGUGUUUCUUGCCGCCGCAGUUGGCGAAGCGGAUCAGCAAGAACAAGGUGCCAUUGACGGAGCAAACAAGGAAAGAGAUGCUUGUGCUCCUGUCUGGAAGCUGUCUGGAAGAACCAUUGAAGGUACCCGGUCGGACGAUGGCUUCGUGGAACGGUACAUCGCGUCUUCCGGAGCCAGGGAGCCGAGGAACGUUUGGUUCCCCUUUUGGCAGAAUGCACCAGAACGCACAUGGAAGACACAGAUCUGCUGGGUCUAUAUUAGGUGAAUAUUGGUGAAGUCUUCCUUGUUUUCAUGACCCCUUGGUGUGCGGAUUUGCACUUGGUCUUUUGGGUAGGUGACAUUCUAUUCCUCAUUCCUCAUGUGGUGCCGGGCUAAGAUGCAAAAGUAUCGUUCCUACUCGGCGAUGGACACCUACGCCCACAUUUUCUACGUUUUCUCACUUCUGAUCUAAGACCGUCAGACCCUGUCUGACAGGGUCGAAGGUUUUCAGUGUUUAGGUGAGGGUCAGAAUUGAAAGGACAGUGUUGGGUUCACCACAUCGGGGAUACUGGCUUCACCACGCAUCUGAUGCGCACGCGCUGCGGGGAAGAGUAGUUGUUGGACGGAGGGAGGCAUUUUGGAUGUUUGUGUUGUUGUUGUUGUUGUUGCCUUUUUUUAUAUCCUAAAUAUUAUAUGUUGUUUCAUGAGUUGGCUUUUGGCUUCGGUGGCUUCUGCGGCUUUUGGUUUGUUUUUUGAUGGCUUGCUUUUGGAUGCUUUUGGUGGUUCUCGUUGCUUUUGUAGGUUUUGGGUGUCUUGGCACAGGUGGAGGUGCUGCAGUUAGUGCUGCGCAGUCCCCUACUUUGUCAAGCCCAGCUAAGUCAACCAAACCAAAAAAAGCUCAAUCACAGCCGAACAAAAAAGCCAAGCCCAAGCAGUUUGAACUGCAGCCUCCUCAGAGGCACCAAGAGACUACACUGCUGGGAAACCUCC